AUGCCAGAGCUUGGCCAUUUGAGUGGCGAAGACUUUGAGGGCUACUGCGACGGCUGGCUCGAGCAGGGGCACCGCCCUGAGGUCUCUGACUGGGCGUCGGUUCGGCGCAUCGACAUUGUCACCUUUGCUGAGUCCAUGGAUUCAGAAGCCCGAUGCUUCAACCCGACAUUCCCGCCCGCCGCCCUAGCCGACGCCGCGAGCAGGGAGUGGCACGGCGCGCCGCUCGGUCUCGUCUCCUUUGGCGCCGUCAUCGGGGCGGUCGAGCAUUGGGGGCUGGGCGAGCGCGUGCGCGCGCUGCUGCUGGCAGCAAACAGCGCCCAGCAGCAGCAGGAGGCGAGGGCCUCUGCGAGGGCGUCCGCAGCGGAGGGCGAGGCGCGCGGGGGCGAUGUCAGCGCGAGUACCGAGUGA